CCCCCAGCCACCAAAUGUUAAAGACACAAAAAGUUGGUAGUUAAAACUUACAGUUUGGGCUGAACAAAGUUUGCCAACACAUUGACAGGUUUCAACUGGUCAUGUGGAGAUGUCACCACGCGCUGUCCAGCAUCAUUGGAUGUUUGCUGAUUUUCAAGAUGGUCAAAUGGGCUUCGGCGUUUCAGUACAAGCUACAUCUGGACUCCAAUGGUCGCUAUUUGUUCGAGUGGUCAGUGGACUACCAAAAGAACACUGUGAAUGUCCAGAUAACAGCUAAGGUAACUCAAGAUAUCUGGUUCGCUGUUGGCUUCUCUGACUACGGCAGCGUGACGUCUGCUGACUUGGUAGUUUUCUGGACUGAUGGACACGGCAAUCAUCAUUUUGUGGAUGGCUACACUAAUGACCACGGCAUCAUUCUACCCGACGACCAGCAGGAUUAUUUUUUGACCUCUGUGGCGGCUGACCACGGGGCAGUGGUGUUGGACUUUUACAGGCGCUUCAACACGUGUGACGAGCAGGACUACACAUUAGACAACGGAACCACCCAUGUCAUAUUCUUCGAGUCAGUGUAUGCCAAUGAGCUUCCAUUUGGCCAUGUCGUUAGCAGCCUGGGCCAUGCUGUCAAGCGGGUUCAGUUGCUCAAGCCUGAGCUACCUAUACCGGUGUUACCUAACGACACCUGGACGUUUGAGGUCAGGGCCCCCGAGAUUCUGAUCCCGAGUGUAGAAACAACAUAUUGGUGGCACACGACCAUACUUCCACACAUACCCACAAAUCAUCAUAUCGUUAAGUAUAGUGGAGUGAUUGCUGAAGGCAAUGAAGAUCUUGUCCAUCAUAUGGAAGUCUUUCACUGUCAAGUCCCUAAAGGUCAGAAGAUCCCUUACUACAGUGGGCCUGCAGAAAACGAGGACACACCUAAGGGUCUGGAACCGUGUCGUAGGGUCAUUGCAGCCUGGGCCAUGGGAGCACAGGACAUGGUAUAUCCGGAGGAGGCCGGGGUAUCUAUUGGUGGCCAAGACACUUCACGUUUCGCUCUAUUAGAAGUCCAUUAUAACAACCCAGAGCGAAAGUCUGGUCGUAUGGACAACUCUGGCAUCCGGUUCUAUGUGACGUCACAGCUGCGCAAGAACGAAGCGGGAAUCAUGGAACUUGGUUUAGAGUAUACAAACAAAAUGGCGAUCCCGCCAGGACAGAAAAAGUUCAAGCUGAGUGGUUAUUGUGUCCAGGACUGUACGCGCGUUGGUUUACCUCCUGCUGGCAUUUACGUGUUCGCGUCUCAGCUACACACACACCUGACAGGGAGGAGACUCUACACCAAGCACGUGCGCCAAGGCUCGGAGCUGCCGGAGUUGAACAGAGACAAUCAUUUCAGUCCACACUUCCAGGAAAUCAGAAGACUGCCUCAGCCACAUAAUGUACUGCCUGGUGACGAGCUCAUUACAACGUGUGAAUACGACACUAGAUCAAGAGACAAGGCAACUAUUGGCGGAUUUUCCAUUACUGACGAGAUGUGUGUCAACUACAUCCACUACUACCCAAGGACAGAACUGGAAGUGUGUAAAAGCUCCAUACAGACCAAUGCUCUUCAAACGUUUUUCUUUCUUCUAAAUAGGCUUGAAGAUGCAAAGGUGUAUCCCGAUGCGGGAGACAGAGCCAACUACGUAAACAUUAACUGGACGCCUGUGAAUGCCCAGCUUCUGGACGAGCUGUACGCCACCUCCCCGCUGUCCAUGCAAUGUAACAGAUCGGAUGGGGUUCGCUUCCCUGGAGACUGGGAGCACCAGAAAGUCUCAGAAAUAGCUCAGCCUUUAGUAGUACGUGAUAUCGAUACCUGCCCGUCCAGCUAGCCACGUCUGCUUCUUAGAAAAAAAAAACUAUUUGACAAAACAUGAAUUCUUGCAGGAGUAAUAUUCUUGGAAUGAUAUUAAGAAGUUAAUAUUCUUUGGAGCUUACAGAAAUUAUACCUGAUUAAGUGUCAAUGGUAGAUGGAGAUUUGAUUCUAUGUAGUGAAAUAUCAGAAAUCCUCCUAGGGACAUUCGAAAGACGUAAUCUUUUUUUUUUUUUUUUUUUUGAAGUAACGUCUGUAUUUCAUUAGGUAAGAAUUAAAAUACUUUUCAUCUUUAACGAAGAAAUAAUAAAAGGUUCAAACACUUCUAUAUAUCAAGCAUAAAUGCACAUUAUAAUUAAAUUUCAAGAAUAAAUUCACUAUAUUCACAUAAAGCUUAUGAUUAUUGACUGAAUAUUUUGAUUUUUGGACCUCUAAACUAACUCACGGUCUCUAAGUAACUGUUUAGAAAGCACUUCGACAGAGGAAAAAUUAUUUCCCUUCCACUAUCUAACCUUCUGAUUAAAAUUAUAAAGUUUCUAGAAAGCAAUGAGUAAAUAAGCUUCCAGUUUAGGAAACAUUGAUGCGUACAUCACUUGACCCUUAUAAUAAAAAGCAAAAAAAAAAAAUCAAGAGAAAUAUUGCAUUUUUUUUCAAUGAAACAGCUAUAGAACAACUGUGCAAAAAGAAUCAUUGUUCCAAUACAUCCUGAUGAGACCAGGCCGUGUAGUUCGGAUUCCUAGACAAGCGACCCUCUACAGUUCUGCAAGAAGUUUCGCAAGGCGUUGUCACACAUGAUCGCGCACUAAAUUCAUAGAGAGGGCGGAUUUUUCAGAGCCAAAAAAAAAAUAAUUAUUAGAAAUUUUUUAAACAAAACUUUAUAUUCAGAGAAGUUGUUUCAUUUUGCAUGUAAUUAAUUUUUAGUAGACCUAAACUAACAAAAUAAAUUUGUGCAAUUGGGAAUAUUUUGUAAAUUAUUUUUGUUGAAAGCAACUUUCAUGCUUAUAAUAUGCUCAGUAAGCUAUGAUGUUGAAUCACUUUUGUAGACCAACGGGAUGGGAGAAAAAGGCAUCCGGGAGAAGGUUCCCGUGCUACUUUUUCAAAAUCUAAAACAAAAGAUUGCUCGAGUCUUAAUUUGAAUUCGAGUCUACAGGAUGGAAUGCCGACUAAUUAGCCACUGAGCUAUCCAAGUACUUACAAAAGUAGUUUUUACAGCCUUUUGUUAGCUUAAAACGUGUAGAGAACGAACUAAUUAUCUAUACCAGACUUAUCUCCUCUAAGCUUAGUAGACCCUAAUGUCUCUCUACUAAAUAUUCAUUACGACUAAUUGAUUAACUGAUUGUUGUUUUUUUAAUUGAUUUAUGUGUUGUCAUUGAAAAUGAAUAAUACCUCAAAAUUUCAACUUGGUUUUAGAUAACAUGUACAAGACUAAACCCAGACAGACAGAGGAAUUGAUAAAAUCUUUGUAAAAGUAUUUGACACUAAUGAAAGGUUAUAUAAAAUUAAUACACAACCAUCGUAAAAAAUGAAAUAGGCAAAGCUAAAAUCUAUAAAUUAAUAAUAAAUUAACUUCUUGAAAAAAAUCUUUAAAAAUAUAUAUUUCAGAGCUAGCAUCACAAAGAAACAAGUCUUAGGAUCUCUUUAAUUCAUCUAGUUCUAGUGUUUAAUCUAUCACUUGUUAACCGAUUGUUUAAUUUGUAUGGAACUUGACGUAAUUUUUUAAACUGCGCAUCGCUACUUUGUUUCGUUAUUUGGAUUUACUUUUGUUAGUGUAACUUACGAAACAGUUUGUUGGAACUCAAAUAUGAGGCUUUGUAAUACACGCAGAGAGCUUCAGAUGUUAUUCAAACGCAAAAGGUAUAACCCUCUUUCAGAACGGGACAUCCGCAAGUUAGACAAGCAAACUUGGUGUUGCGUAUGUUUAUAUUGGCAAAUAAAUAAGUGAAAUUAAUAUAAUCUCAACUUUAUUUUUCUUGGUUUUUGUUUGAUUUUUGUUUAACUGAGACUUUUCCACAGCUUAAUUAAUCUAUACUGAAAAUAAAUAAAAACUCUUUUAUCAUUAGCGUGAAAUUCUUGGUAGAAUAUUGAACCACCUUUUUUUUUUCUAAAAGAAAAAAUAUAUAGGCCUAAGUUGUUUUACAAUUAUCUGCCAAAUAUGUAACAUACACAAAGCCUUCGCAUAGAUAUGG